AAAUACAGAGAAAUACAGAGAAGCACUUCUCUCACUCACCUGUCAUUUCCGAUUCCAUCACCCACCAACCCACUUCUUCCACCUCCCCAUCCAGCAAAUUAGAGUUUGCAGCUGUCGGAGAUUUUCUCUCUCUCCUCUGCAAACAAUCUAUCAAAUUAUAACCACCAACGGCUUAAACCGUGUGGUUCACCGGCUGUGAUAUUUGAUGCAGAAGAAGAGAAGCUCGUGUACGACGUCGUUUUCGGGGAGGGCAUGGCGGCUUACCCACAUUACCGGUCGCAAUUUGGAGACACCACUUUCACUAAGGUCUUCGUGGGCGGCCUUGCUUGGGAGACUCCCACCGAGGAAAUGAGACGUUAUUUUGAGGAAUUUGGUGACAUUCUUGAAGCUGUUAUAAUUACUGAUAAAAUUACCUCUAAAUCCAAAGGCUAUGGCUUUGUUACGUUUCGUGACCCCGAGUCGGCUAAAAGGGCUUGUUUGAAUCCUAACCCGAUCAUUGACGGGCGACGAGCUAAUUGUAAUAUUGCUGCAUUGGGACGCCCUCGUCCUUCGCCUCCACGAGGACGACUUCAGAGUGGCGUAAAUGUGCAAUCGGCUUCGCCGUUGCAGUUGAACCUCCCGCCACUUCCUCCGCCACCUCCGGUUCUGUAUUCACCAUACGGGUUAGUUUUGUUUUAACUCUAAAAUUUUAAUUUUGCGCGUCGGAUUGAGCCGUAAAAAAGUUUAGAACUUUCGUUUGGAGAAGGCUAGGUUGUUGGUUUUAGUGGAUUAUCCUGUCAUGUGGUCGUAAUGAGUCAAAACAAUAAUCAACGUACCAACAACAAAACAGCUAAAACGAUAGCUUCUCGACUUAUUCAAUGUUUU